CCCCAUUCCUGGCCCCAGGCCAUGCCCUAGGUAGGUGGCAGGCCACUCAGCCUGCCCUGAGAGAUCACAGUGGGGGAUGAGGGGGAAAGCUGGGUCUUCACUUCCACCCUGCCCACCGGCUGCCCACUGGGUGAGCUUGGCCAAGCCAGUGGCCUCCUGGGUGCCCAUUUCUCUUCCUGGUCCUAUCACUGGCUACCCAAGAGAAAAGAUGUUCUUCCCAGUUUGUACCUUCCCUAGUUACUGGUUGAAGGGGCCAGGGACGAUUAGCCAAGAUAGGCACUCCUUCCCAGCACCGCACCAGCCGCAGGUUCUGGUGCCACUGACAUCCCGGCUCCGCAGGGGCUCAGACACCCCCAAACAGCCGACACCUGACACAAGCCACCCCACCUGGGUGAGGCCUGACCUGCAGCACUGGCCUGAGUCGUGGGGGAUGGACUCACUGCAGAAGCAGGAUCUCCGGAGGCCCAAGAUCCACAGGGCAGUCCGGGGGUCCCCCUACCAGCCGCCCACACUCGCUUACCUCCAGCGCUUGCUGUGGGUCCGUCGGGCUGCCAUGCUGAGCCAUGUCAAUGAGGUCUGGCCCAACCUCUUCCUAGGAGAUGCGUAUGCAGCCCGGGACAAGAGCAAGCUGACCCAGCUGGGCAUCACCCACAUCGUGAACGUUGCUGCGGGCAAGUUUCAAGUGGACACAGGUGCCAGGUUUUACCGUGGAAUGCCCUUGGAGUACUAUGGCAUUGAGGCUGAUGACAACCCCUUCUUUGACCUCAGUGUCUACUUUCUACCUGUUGCUCGAUACAUCCGAACUGCCCUCAGUGUUCCCCAAGGCCGUGUGCUGGUACACUGUGCUAUGGGGGUGAGCCGCUCUGCUACGGUUGUCCUGGCCUUCCUCAUGAUCUGCGAGAACAUGACCCUGGUGGAGGCCAUCCAGACGGUGCAGGCCCACCGUGAUAUCUGCCCCAACUCGGGCUUCCUCCAGCAGCUCCAGGUUCUGGACAACCGACUGGGGCGGGAGACGGGGCGGCUCUGACUUGGUGAGCAGCCGGGAACCCUGACCCUCUGGCCAGCAUGGCCCAGCCCAGCCAGCCUGGCCCUGGGAACAGCAGCCUCUGCUGUUUCCAAUGACCUUGAGGCAUCAAUAGCAAGUGGGGGCUUAGCUGAGGCAGAAGCAGGGAGAAUUGAGUGGUGACCUUUAGCAGGUGGGAUUUCCCUGACCCAAUCCAGAGAUUCUUUAUACAAAAGAGAGUUCAGUCUGUCUCUAUAAUAAAAGGCUCAUCAU